CGUCGUAGAAGGAAGACGGUAAUAUAGGAUGUUUGUCUGCGGAAUCGUUCGGACCUAUAUUUCCUCCGAUUUGUAGAGGAGAUAAACGGAUCUUUUUCUGCAGUCCUUGUUAGAGCAAGACCAAGAGCUAGCGGCUUCCACAGACGCACUCCCAAUUGAGGGGUUUAAAUCUCAUCUCUUCAAUUUUCUCGUUUGUUCGAUCUCAUCCGAUUCGUCUAUCCGGAUUGUCUAUUUUUGGGCAAUCGACUUACUGAGGAUUCGAUGUUCUUUAUAAGGUUUGUAGAUAAAGGCGUCAUUGUUGCUGCAAUGAAUUGGUACCCAUAUUGAAUGAGGAUAGAGUUUACUAUCACAGAUAAUGACUCCUCCUAGAAGAAAGAAAUGGACGGAGGUAGAAGAGAGAACCCUAAUAGAAAAGUACGGGGAGAUGGAGAGAGAUCGAACUCUCGCCAAAAUGAAAACCCGUGAGAAGAAGUAUAAACCCAUUGCUUUAUACGUCAAUUCUGUUCAUCAUUUCGUAGACCCGAUUACUUAUCCAUGGCAAUGGACAUGGAAAGACGUUUCCACCAAAGUGCAGAACAUGCGUCAUCAAUAUGCUCUGGUUAAGCAAAAAAUCAAGAAGCAUAGCUUGGUUGUUAGCGAUUCAGGUUUAGAGGAGUUCGAUUGGGUUGAGGGAUUAACACAUUGGUCAAACUUUUCAAGGUACAAAGAAGUAUUUGGCGAUGUCACUGUUAAUUUGAAUGGUAAUGAUUUGAUGGUGGACAUUGUUGCAGCCGAUCCCAACAUUGAGAAUGGGGAUGGUUUUGAUAACAAUGGAAUGGAGAUUAUACAAUUUGGCCAUCUUGGUCAUCAUCAUCAUCAUGCUGGUGAAGGUGAUUUUGCAGAAGGGUUUGACGGUGGUGAGAAUGGAGUAUUGAGUCUUGACUUUGAUUAUGAAGGUGGUGGCGAUGAACUAGGCGAAGAGAAUCAUAAUUGUGGGAAUAAUCAUCAUCCCAAGGAAGAUGUUGACGAUGGGUAUGUGUAUGAAGAUCAUGAUCAUGAUCAUGAGCAUAGUAAUAACGCGUUUGAUGAAGCGAAGAAGAAGAGGAAGGUUAUGAAGGGUCUGGAGAAAAAGGCAUGGGGGUUCUUGUCAAAACAGACGAGUCAGUUGAAGGAGCUUGAGACCCGAUUGGAGCAGCGCGAGGUGGAGAGGGAUCGUGAGAGGCAGAAGCGCGAGCAACUUAUGGCGGAGAGACGGGAAGCGUACGAAAGAGAUAGAGAAGAGCGUGAUAGAAAGAGGGAAGAGAGGGAACGCAGGAGGGAGGAGUUAAGGAUGGAGAGGAACCUGGAAUUGGAAGCUAUGGAAAGGGAGAUGGAAGAAAGGGAGAAGAGAAGAAGGGAGGAAGAGUUGAUUUAUGAAAGGAAACGGGAGGAGAGAAUGAAUGGAAGGAGGGAAGAAUGGAAGAAGAGUAUUGAGGAAAUGGUGAAUCAGUAUAGAGUUGGAAUGGGCGAAAUUCAGAGCAGGAUCGUUCACGAGCAACAGAAUUUGACGGGGCAGUUGUUGGGAUUAAUAUCUCAGUGGACGGGACAAGGAAGUGUUAUUUCAGAUCAUCAUAACAAUGGGGGAGCUAGCAAUCACUAUCUUUCCCAAAUGAUGGUAAAUGACAUGGUUGUUGUUCAUGAAGAAGAAGAAGAAGACCCUAGAGUUGUUGAGGGAGGUAAUCAUCUUCAUCAUCAAGAUGAUGACCAAUUCAUUGUUGAUGGAUGAUCGAUCAUAUGAAUAAAAAACCAAAUAUUAAUUCAUUAAAAUAAAACUCUUAUAUGAUUUGCUGAUUCACCUUCUUUCAUGUAAUUAUUUGAUGAUGAUGAUUGAAUAUAGUAUCUAAUAUGUUCAUUUCCUUCUAAACAUUGAUUUCUGUUUCAAU